AUGGCUGAUAAUGUCACCGCGGAGGAUAUAAAAAACUUCUAUUCAGAUGCAAGAGUGCUAUAUAGAAGGCUAGCUGUGGACAAUGCUCGGGAACUUGUUGUAUGCAUGGAGGCUAUAGCAUUAUGGAUUUUUCUCGAAGGAAUGGGGUUCCCGAAUCUAGUCAAGAAGCUUCUGAGGACCCAUGAUAAGGUUGUUAACAUGAUCAUGGAUGAAGCUUCUCUCUGCUUUGGAUGGCUUGAAUCAAUUACACCGCCUUUACCGUCAGCUAAUGUGUCCGAUAUGCCAUUAACCCAGGAAUUAAUGGGGGGAAAACCCAUAAACUCUGCAUUGGUAUACAGGAACAGGAUGGAUGUCUUGAGCAAAGUGAAUGCGACCGUGUCCGAAUCAUUUGCUAUCGCAUUUGAUGACAUCAUCCGAGAGGUGUCUGGGAUGAGCUUUGCGGAAUUGAACGUUCAGCCUCUACUGCCGGAUCAGCAUGAUGCCCGUUCGUUUCCAUAUCACUACCCACAACAAGCACCAUGUGUUGUUGGAAAGCCGUUAUAUGGUUUGAAGAGUACCGAUGGUGUCGACAUCGCAGUGUAUCCGGUCUUCACACCUUCAUCGUUGAUGUUUUAUGGUGGUUCUGCAUCUUCCGCACCAAUGAAUAUUCCAAACCACACACCGCUCGCUAAGGAAGAAUAUAUUCCAGAAAUCAAACGCGGUAUAUUCUUUACGUUUUACCGGGAAAAUCCGGUUCAACAAAGGGAACUGGAAAAUUAUCUAGAGAGAUCGUUUGGAGACCGGUGUAUCGAGAAAGUCACAAUGCAGCAAGUUCCCGAAAAUGAGAAGCCACUGUGGGCAUCGGUUGUUUUCUGCUCUGAGAUCCCAGUCCUCGCAAUCAUGCAAGGGAGAGAAACUGCUCCCAUGAGCAUAAAUGGGAAGAAAGUUUGGGCUGGCAAAGAAUGGAUGUGA